ACACGGAAGUAAUAUUUUGGUCGGAGCUGAUUGGCUAGAAGAGUUCCUGAAACACAACAGUGUGAAAAUGCGGUCAGUGUUACCUGCAGUUGCUGAACAACUAUUCCGGGAUAUUCACAAAACAUACCAAGAGACUUCUCAAAUCCCCAAUGAUCUGCUAAUUGCGCUGAGGUUUGUCUUCGGACCUUGUGCGUUACAAGCUUUGGACCUGGUCGACCAGCAUUCAGUCACCUGUCUGUCCUCUCCCAGUGGACGCAAAGCCUUCCAGGUAGUCGGAGGCUCUGGAACUUUGUACACUUGCUUCCUGUCCUGUCACUACUGCCCCUGUCCAGCCUUCGCCUACACUGUCCUACGGAGGAAUGAAGGCCUGCUGUGCAAACACAUCCUGGCUGUGUACCUGUGUCAGGCCAUGGCUGUGACUCAGCAGGAGAGCGUGUCUGAUCAGCAGAUGUCCAUUCUGCUCAGCAGGACAUCAGCACCGUGACAGCAGGUGGUACCAGCACACCUGGGUCUCUAGGGGCUCAUUCAGGGACACGGAGCCGCUUGGAUGGCAGGCGGUGCUUUAAAUGGACACUUCAGGUCACUGCAGAGAGGACCGGAGCACGGGAACACUUCAGACAUCCUGCUCUUUCAUAUGCCUCUCUGAAAGACUACAGAUGUUGCCUUUAUUUAUUUUUUGAAGAGUCCCUAAUCUGUUUCCAAGUAUGUGACAUCUGUUCAAUGAGGACAUGCUUUAUUUUUAGUUUCCUUUUAUCUAAGGCGACAUCAAUUACAGAGUUAGUGAGCAUCUGCACACUGAAUUUACUUAAGAGACUCUUUAAAACAUGAACAAUUUUUUCAAUGUGUCAUUUGUAAACACAUCAAAACCCAAAGUAUCCAUAUCCAUUUACAAAUUUUGAUUUGUAGUGAAUUUGUUUUUUUAACCAAUGUUAUUUCUUCUAGACAGAAAAUACACAACUGUUUGUUCAGCUCCUCUUUGUGAUGAUCUCCAGCUCUUUGAGGUUUAAGGCUUCCUCGCCAUCACUGUGGUCUUUAGUUCCUCCACAAAUGUUUGAUGGAAUUCAGGUCUGAACUCUGAGCUGAGUGUACUUGUUGUUUCUGUUCAUUUCUUCACCAGUUUGGCUGAAAUUUUUAGAUCAUCGUCUUGUUUGAAGCUCCAGGACACGUUUUUAUGUAAACUGCCUGGUGUUUUCCUCCACACUCUAAUACAGGUUUCUUUUCUCAUGAUCCUGUUCACUUUGACAAAGUUUCCUUGCCUAUAAGCUGAAACACAUGGCCGAAGCAGUAUUAAGUUUGACCGUCUUCUUAGAGUUGGAUGCUUCUCCUUUCUAUCUUGAAACCAAAGCCAUGCCUUGGGUCCAAACAACUCCAUUUUCUUCUCAUCCAACAACAGAACCAAUGCCCAGGUGGAGUCCACCUGAGUUGGCAGCAAUGGAGAUCAGCCCUGUUCAGUGUCUGAUUGAGAUGUUACUGGAACUGCUCAGAUUCAUCGAGAUGAUCUUUGUGGUGAUGCACAUGCAUUUUCUCCAUAAGAUGUGAAAAAUAUUAAGGCAUGUGUAUUCAUUUUGGACAUGGCAAUUAUAAUAAAAUAGAAAUAGGUUAAAACUAUCAUCAA